GCAAAAUAGAGAAAUGAAAGCGAACGAGUACUAGUAUUGCAACUUUUACUCGAUUACGUUUUAAUUUCUUACAGUUACACCCCCAUCAAAACAAACUAAAGUUACUAUUUUUCUUCCACUCCUUACUUUCUCUGUCUUUAUCUUUGCAGGCCUUCUCUCUCUCUCUCUGCAUUUGUCCACACAAACAAACCUGACUCUCACCCGCUUCUUUAAUUUUCCUCAUCAUCUCUUUGCUUUACGAGUGCAUUCUUUUAAGGUUUCUUCUUUAGCUUCUAACCAUUACUCAAAAACGCAAACUUUUGGCUCUAGCAAAUGAGUUUUGAUUUUCCCAUUUGACGAACAGCUUAAAUAUAUUUAUUCAUGAUGUUGGAUCUUAAUCUUGGCGUUGUUUCGUAUGAAUCGUCGUCGUUUUGUGACGAUAAACAUCUCGGCCAUGAAGAUUCUGGAACCUCAAACUCCUCCAUCAUCAACUGUGAAGAGCCGCAAGCCAAUGCCGGAGACGAAAACCUGUCAAACAACUCCUACUCCGCAUUGAUCUUCGACAUCAUGAAGAAAGACAAACCAAACGACGUCGUAAUCCAAGUUGAUGAUAACAACAACACCACCACUUCGUCAAAAGCUUUCGUCACGCGGCAACUUUUCCCAAUCAUCGGAGAAAAAGAUGAUGCAGAAGCGGUGAAGUCCAUGGUAAGACCUCAAAAGUGGUUAAAUUUAUCUUUCGUUGAUUCCGGUGGGGGGCAAGAACUAAAAGUUGUGCAGCAAAAGCAACAACCAGCUCGAAAGAGUCGGCGAGGCCCCCGCUCUAGAAGCUCACAGUACCGAGGCGUGACGUUUUAUCGCAGAACCAGCCGUUGGGAAUCACACAUAUGGGAUUGUGGAAAGCAAGUAUAUUUGGGUGGGUUUGACACAGCCUAUGCUGCUGCGAGGGCAUAUGAUAAGGCUGCAAUUAAAUUCCGUGGUGUUGAUGCUGAUCUCAAUUUUAAUGUCAGUGAUUAUGAGGAAGAUAUGAAACAGACUAAACAUCUAUCAAAAGAAGAUUUUGUGCUGGUUCUUCGUCGCGAAAGCUCUGGUUUUUCUAGAGGGACAUCAAGAUACAGAGGUGUGACCUUGCACAAAUGUGGGAGAUGGGAAGCUAGAAUGGGGCAACUCCUUGGAAAGAAGUAUAUUUAUCUUGGCUUAUUCGACAACGAAGUAGACGCUGCAAGGGCCUAUGACAGAGCUGCCAUCAGAUAUCAUGGAAGGGAUGCAGUAACCAAUUUUGAACCAAGUUCUUACGAAGAACGGAUGAUUUUAGAUUCCAACAAUGGAGUCAGUGACCACAAUCUAGACUUGAACCUAGGAAUCGGUCAGUCUUCAAGCGACAUGCCCAACAAAGAAAGUCUAGUGCAAAGUUCUGCUUAUGCCUCUGUGGGUAUGAAGCUGCAACAACAUCAACAUGCUCUAACAAUCCCUCCCAAACAUCCUUCAACGUUUGCAGGCGUGUACCCUCUUUUACUUCCGAGUUAUGAGGGUCAGCAUAUAGAGAAGAGGGUUCAUUCUGUAUCUUUGCCGAGUUUUACAAACUGGGCAUGGCAAACGCAGGGCAAUGGCAAUGUGGCUCCAAUGCCAGUGUUAUCAGUUGCAGCAUCAUCAGGAUUCUCUUCCGCUACCAGCACUUCUUCUUCUUAUUCACCUACCCUUCAAAUAAAUCCUAUCCUCAACAUGUUUCAGCUUCCCACUACACCAGCAACAUCAUCCACCAUAGCUACAUCCCAUUAUUUCAAUCACAAAAACUAGGAGUAAAACAAGAGAAAUUUACCACUCAAUCAAUCCAACAAGUUGUCAUUUUGCUCACCGGAAAGUUAGGUGAGGCCUGAGCAGGAAUCCAAACUGCUACAAUUAUUAUAAAGCAGUCCUGUAAAUUUGCAUUUAUUUUUAGGGUAAGCAAAGAUUUAUAUUCAUUGUAAUGUUUGUGAAUCUUCCUUUAAUAAAUGUCUGUAACCAAAUUCAUAUGA